AUGCGCGGCGGGGCCCGGAAGGGGCGGCCGGGCUGGCACCGGUGCGAGCGCCGCGCUGGGGCUGCGGCAGCGCCGGGGCAGCGCCGGCAUGAGCCCUGCGGAGUGAGCGCAGCCCCGCCUGACGCCCCGCGCCGCCCGCCUCCGCUCUGGCUUCGGGCCCCUUCUCUCUGCGCUGCGGCGGGCGGAGGCGGCGGAAGGAGAAGCCCAUGGAGGGGAACCGGGACGAGGCCGAGAAGUGCAUCGGGAUCGCGCGGGAGGCGCUGGAGGCCGGGAACCGCGACCGCGCCCUCCGCUUCCUGGGCAAGGCGCAGAAGCUCUACCCGACGGAGACGGCCCGAGUUUUGUUGGAAGCUAUUAUGAAGAAUGGAAGUACUGCUGGGGGAGGCGCUUACUGCCGAAAACCAGCCAGUAGCAGUGAUCAAAAUAAGCCCAAUAGCACGAAGGAGAGCAAUGCAUCUGCUGCAGGUGAAAGUGGAAAAGGCUACAACAAAGACCAAAUGGAAGGAGUAUUAAGUAUAAAGAAAUGUAAAAAUUAUUAUGAAGUCCUUGGAGUGUCAAAGGAUGCAGGUGAAGAAGACCUAAAGAAGGCUUAUAGAAAACUUGCUUUGAAAUUCCACCCAGACAAAAACCAUGCACCUGGAGCAACAGAGGCUUUUAAAAAAAUCGGAAAUGCGUAUGCUGUGCUGAGUAAUCCAGAAAAACGAAAGCAGUAUGACAUUACAGGCAGCGAAGAGCAAAACUGCAAUCACCCUAGCAAUGGCAGAUUCAACUUCCAUAGAGGUUGUGAGGCAGAUAUUACUCCAGAGGAUCUGUUCAACAUGUUUUUUGGAGGGGCCUUUCCAACAGGUAGUGUACACUCAUUUUCUAAUGGUCGUGCUGGCUACAGCCAUCCGAACCAGCACCGUCAGAGUGGGCACGAGAGGGAGGAAGAGAGGGGUGAUGGAGGUUUCUCUAUGGUCAUUCAGCUGAUGCCUAUUAUUGUCUUGAUCUUCGUCUCCUUGUUGAGCCAGUUGAUGGUAUCUAACCCUCCUUACGCCUUAUACCCAAGAUCAAGUACAGGGCAGACCAUAAAAAUGCAGACAGAAAAUUUGGGUGUCAUUUAUUAUGUCAAUAAGGACUUUAGAAAUGAAUACAAGGGAGUGUCAUUACAGAAAGUGGAAAAGAGUGUGGAAGAGGAUUAUGUGUCCAACAUUCGUAAUAACUGUUGGAAGGAGAGGCAACAAAAAACAGACUUACUUUAUGCAGCAAAAGUAUAUCGAGACGACCGCCUCCGAAAGAAAGCAGAGUCCAUGUCCAUGGAGAACUGCAAAGAACUAGAACGGCUGACCAGCCUCUACCGAGGAGAGUGAGCUACAGUUACACACACCUUACUUGUGUUGUUAUCUCUCCUGUGAACUGAGAAGAGAUUUAGUUUCACCAUGGAUGCUGGAAAAGAGGGUGGAUGUAAAACUCUACUGUGUAGCUGUUUCCAGAAACCUUAUGCUGAAAUAUCAUUUAAUGGCUUCUUUACCUACUGUGAAAUAUAGGUAACUUUAAUUGUCUAGAUUUUACUUCAAAGCUUCUGUGAAUUCUUUCAGCAGAGAGAAUAGUUCAGAAAGGAUGCUAUACUUGUAGAGACUUAGUCAUAGUGGUUCUCCUCUAACAUAUUUGCCAUGUAAAUAUCUGUGGAAAGAACACUUUGUGUAUAUACGAGUUAAAUGACUUUCUAUUUAAAAAUCUCAGAAAUUUAGUUCCAUACUACAUUUUGUCUCACUGAUGGAAUAAAUAGUAUGAUUACAUCACUCCUA